AUGCCUCCUAAAUUUGACCCUAAUGAAAUUAAAAAAGGUAUAUGUUCAAUAUAUUUUAAUAUAUAGAAAAAGAAAGUAAAAUUUUCCUCAUACGUAUAAUUUGUUUCAAUAGUUUACCUUAGAUGCGUUGGAGGCGAAGUGGGAGCAACUUCAUCUCUAGCCCCAAAAAUUGGUCCUCUUGGUUUGGUAAAUUUAUAUUUUAUAAAUUUAAAUUAUUUAGGAAUAAUAUCUUUUUUUGACAGCUUUUAAAGAUAUGAUAUUUUAUAUUUAUAGUCUCCAAAAAAAGUUGGUGAUGAUAUCGCUAAAGCUACCAGCGACUGGAAAGGUUUGAAAAUUACUGUACAAUUAACAAUUCAGAACAGACAAGCUACGAUUUCAGUAGUUCCAUCUGCUGCGUCUUUAAUCAUCAAAGCACUAAAAGAACCUCCUAGGGAUCGUAAGAGACAAAAAAAUAUUAAGCAUAAUGGAAACUUGUCGUUUGAUGAUAUUCUUUCCAUUGCUCGAUCAAUGAGACCAAGGUCUAUGUCAAAGUACCUCAGUGGUACUGUUAAGGAAAUACUAGGAACUUGUCAAUCAGUCGGAUGUACUGUUGAAGGUAGACCACCACGAGAUCUUAUUGAAGAAAUUAAUGGUGGUAAACUUCAAGUUCCAGAUGAGUAA